AUGAACAAACAAAAUAUAUACGUACAUUAUUCGAGUAACCAGCACCAUAUUACCAUCAUCAAUUCAAUAGGAUCCAGAAUAAUUAAAUACUUUUUCUUGUCUUCAAAGGAACUACUCGCUCAAACAGAAGGUAACUGCAGCAUCGAAUUAAAGAGAAAGACGAACAUGACAGCGGGACCAAUAUUAAUAUUACAAACUCCAGAUGGUCUUGUGUUCAAACCGAAAAACAAUAAUGAUAUUGUCUUACAGCUUUCGAAUCAAGAUCAUGUCUUAAGAACCAUCUCUUUGGAAGAUUUCAAUAAGUACAUAAAUAAUUCUGAAGUACUUCCACCAAUCGAAGUACCUAUUCUUCUCGGUUUCAUUCAGUUGAAAUUAAAUAAAUAUGUGGUCGUAGGUACCGCCGUGGAGACUGUCGGGUAUUUGAAUGGUAAUCAAUUACUUAAAAUAAAAUCAUUCUCACUUAUCAAAUCUGCACCUGCAAUGGAUCAAGUACAAAAUGCGGAAGAGAUGGAAUUUUUGAAUUUAUUGGAAUUACAGUUGAAUAAAUCAUCCCUUUAUUUCUCAUAUGGUUAUGAUUUGACUAAUUCUUUACAAAGAAAUGAAUAUACGGACAAAAGCAGCGGUUCUAUGUGGGAGACUGUUGAUGAUAGAUUCUUUUGGAAUCAUUAUAUGACUUCUGAUUUAAGAUCUUUGAACGAGGUUACGAAAAAUAAUAAUAUAGGGAAAUAUUUCAUUCAACCUGUCAUAUAUGGCUAUGUGAAAUUAAUCAACACAGUUUUCCAAAACAAGACAUCAAUUACAAUUGGGCUAAUUUCGAGGAAAUCAAGAUUUAGAGCUGGUACUAGAUACUUCCGUCGUGGUGUUGAUAAAGAUGGUCAUGUUAGUAAUUUUAAUGAAACUGAGCAAGUUUUAGUUGUUGAGGAUAAAUCUAUAUUUUCGUUCAUUCAGAUAAGAGGAUCUGUUCCUGUUUAUUGGGCUGAAAUUAAUAAUUUGAAAUAUAAACCGAGUCUUGUAUUAAAUGAAGAAGAGAAUUCCUCAUUAGAUGCCACAAGGAAACAUUUCAGUGAAUUAAAAUCGAUAUGUGGAGAAAAUUAUUUAGUUAAUUUGGUAAAUUGUCAUGGUCACGAAUUGCCUGUUAAGGAAGCUUACGAAAAGGCAGUUAAUUUACUUGAUGAUUCCCAUUUAAAGUAUAUUUAUUUUGAUUUCCAUCAUGAAUGUAGUAAAAUGAGAUGGGAUAGAGUCGGAAUAUUGAUUGAUCAUUUGAAAAAUCUGGGGUUCACUAAAGGUAAUGAUUUCUAUUUCCAUAAAGAUAUAUCUAAUGGUAGUGCUACUGGUGAAGUCAUUACUGAACAACAUCGUGUAGUGAGAACGAAUUGUAUGGAUUGUUUAGAUAGAACUAAUGUUGUCCAAUCCAUUAUUAGUCAAUGGGUUUUACAAAUACAAUUGGAAGCCUGUGGUGUUGUAGUAGGAGGUGGAGAGAAUGUAAUAAUGAAUUGGACAGAAGAUAAAAAGUUGUUAAGGAUUUUCCAAAACUUAUGGGCGGAUAAUGCAAAUUCUGUAAGUUUAUCAUAUUCAGGAACUAAAGCUUUAAAGACCGAUUUUACUAGAACUGGGAAACGAACAUAUCUUGGAGCGUUUAAUGAUUUCAUUAAUUCAGCAUCAAGAUAUUAUCAAAACAAUUUUACUGAUGGACCAAGACAAGAUUCCUAUGAUUUAAUUUUGGGUAAUUUCCAACCACAUCAAUAUGAUAAAUUGAAUCCAUCUUUAGUCUCAAUAUUUCAUGAUAAGAGACCAUUACAUAUACAAUUAAUACCGACAUUAAUUUUAGCUGCCCUAACAAUUUUAAUUGCCACGAUUUUUUUCCCUAAGGGUGACAACUUUUUUGCCACGUUAAAUCUUUGCUAUUUCAUAGUAUCGGUGUUAAUUAUAAUUGUUGGUAUGAGGUUUUUAUUAAUUAAUGGUAUUCAAUAUGUUAAUUGGCCCAAAUUAGUCAAUGUUGGAUUUUUAGAUGAUUGUAAAGAAGAGCACACAAAAGAGAAGAAAUUUGGGAAAUUUAAAUAUUCUCCGAGUAAAAAAUUUACCAAGCCUAAUUCCACGAAAACGGAUUGA